AUGCAGCAAACCAGGGCUGUCUUAGACUUCCCCGCAAAGGAAGAAAAGACCGAGCAUGUCUUUCCACCAUCCUCACUGCUGCCGCCUCCCAAAUGCUGGAAAAUGCGCAAGAAGACUUGUCUGACAUGCAAAUCUCGCAAGGUGCGAUGCGAUGGAGUUCAGCCUGUCUGUGGUCGCUGCUCCAAGUCAAGUCGCUCUUGUUGCUACGCUCAACAUCGGUCUGCGACCAUCGCCUUUCGACAUAGCAAAUUGUCGACUUUCGUAGCUCAAGCAGAAGGAUUCACCCAAAAUGAUAAGAUUGACGUCUCAGUCUCAACACAACCCCCUGCAUCUACUCCGGUGGUGACAGAAACCACUCAAGUGCCAUCAACUUCUCUAUUUCCUACUGAACCGGUGGUGUCUGCUCUCCCCGCUAAUGAUCGAACCCUACCGCAUAAUGUUAUUCGCUAUCCUACCUCUGAGUCAGGAGAAGCAGCAUCGAGUCCAUCCUUCCCACGAAACCCGUACACAGUUUCGCUGACUGCACCAAUCCCCAGGCCUGGUCUCUUCUACAGACAUGCGCCUCGGAGACUAACGACCAUAGAGGGCGAACUAUUACACUUCUUUGUGCAGAACAUCGGACCCUGGCUAGAUGUCACCAGCCCUGAGCGCCAUUAUACAUAUACGGUUCCUCGACUAUCCCUACAAUGCACCCUCCUCCACACAGCCAUCAUGGCCUGUGCCGCGCACAUCCUCCGCCUCCUCAACCCCGAGCGAACCGAGCUGUCAUCCGAAGAAGACAAAUACCAAUCUACAUGCAUCAACCUCCUCAUUCCCAUCCUCAACGACGUAGGCUCAGCAGUCCAAGACGAAGCUGUGCUCGCCACCAUUACUAUCCUCCGCAUGUCCGAGCAAUACGACGAAUACCACAUAGACCGCCAAUGCCACCUAGUCCCUGGAGCAUUCGCGCAUCUCGACCCCUCCGUGCAAGCAUCCACCCGCACUGGGGGUCUACUACAAGCGACCUUCUAUUCCUACGUGCGGGCAGAUAUCCGCAUGGCGAUUCUUGGCCGCUGCAGCACCAAGAUCGCUGUAUCUAGCUGGCCAUUGGACGAAAGCUACCCCGAGACAGACGCUGACUGGGCGAAUAGGAUGACGUGGCUGCUAGUUCAUGCGAUCAAUCACUGCUUUGGUCAUGAGUGUCCGGGUUUGUUGCCGAGGGCUCAGUUAGAUGAACUUAUCGAUGGCUGGAGGGUUAAUGUGCCUGAUACGUUUGAGCCGUAUUACUACGAGGAACAGGAACGAGACUCGUUCCCGGUAAUUAGGUUGCUUUGUCCGUGGCAUGGUAUGUCCUUCCCCAAUGUCCCAUAUACUUGA